UCGGUGGCCGGUCGUCGUCCGCGAUUUGUAACCGAUGUCUGUUUCAUCAUGGCCAUGGGCGGUUUCGCCGUCCUACCACGUCAAGCGUCGUUUAUCACGAACGGUCGACCUCCGCGCGGGCCACCGCCGCCGCUUCCAGCCGUCGUCGUCGUCCUUCCUGCAUGCACCCCGAGCUAUCGACAGCCGCCGCCGCCGCCACCAAGUAGCUGCGCCUCUCCCCGUGACCAUGUCGAAGAUUGCGCCGAGGCCUUCUAUCGCGCGCAAAGCGAGCAUCGAGCAGAAAGUGGUUGACAAAGUGCUCGAUCGAGUCACAGCGCUCGGACCCGUGCCGGUGCGGAGCAAGAGCCCGACCCCGCUCAUGUCCCAAGGCAGUCGCGGCGGAACUGCACACAACCUGCGCCGCCACACAGCGUUUCGGCCUGUGGAGCCGCCCAAGCGGCCCUCCGCGGUGGCAGAUGCAAAAGACUCGAUGGACGAAAAGGUCCGGCGAUCGUCGAUGGGGCUGGCGACCGCUUUGUUCUACCCGCAGUCCGCCGCCGACCGCAACGAGUCGUCGAUGAUCACCAAGCUCAUGGAGGAAAAGUACGGCUUCAACUACCUGACCAACGAGUUUUCAGCCAACUUUCUCGUUGAGUGCGAGUAUCAAAACUACUACACGCAGAUCAACCUGACGUCGGCAUGCAACUUUAGCCUGUUCUUGUGGCUCAUCUGGGUCGCGUCGACAGGGCUGGAUUUGUACUUGCUCGUAAACGCGGACGAUGGCCAAGAGGACGCGAUCCAGUCGGCGCGGCGAAGCGUGUACUUUUCGCUGCCAUUCCUCGUGCCGACGCCGUUUCUGGUCGCGUUGUGCCGGUACAAGCAGUACGAGCAGCACAUGCAGUCGAUUUUCAACGUGAUCGUGCACUGCUUUGCGCUGUCGCUGAUGGGCGGCGGGUUCUUUUGCACGACGGACCAAAUGAAAGAGUUUACGUCGAAGAACAUGAACCUGAUCAUGGAGUACGCGAUCGGGAUGAACACUGUCGCGAACGCCGCGAUCGGGUUCGUCGCCAACACGACCGUCGCGUCCAUGGUGCCCGGCGGGGACCCGUCCGUCGUUGUGCACAUGGCCGACCAGUCGCUCCAUUUUGCGCUGCAAACAGCCACAGGGGGCGUCGCCUUCCUCCAAAACCUGUCGUACCCGGCGCUCGGCGGCUCGCCUGGCGCCACCAUCGUCCUUGCCAACCUUGUCUUGAACGGCACCCAAAAAUUCAACCUGAACAACAGCACGACGUGGUGGCGGUUCCCCAACCGGCAUGGCACCUUGGCCGAGAUCUUGACCUACUUUAUCCUGGACGUGAUGCUACCGUUCUCGCAACUCAACUCGAAUUUGGUCCGGCCGAUUGUGGUCCUGAUCGCUGCUCCCAUGUUUCACCUGAACGCGGCGCACUACAUCGUGGUCGCGUUCAACGUGAACCUGUUCUACUGCAUCGUGCUCUCGAUGACGUACCCCGUGUCGAGCUCGAGUUUUCUCAUGCGGUGCAAAUUUUACCUCGUGUUUGUGUUGGCGACGCUGACCGUGAUCAUGGUGUACCGGGCGCGGCAGAGCGACAGGUUUAUGCGGCUCAACUAUUUGAACGUGCGGUCCGUGAAAGAAGAAGUGCGCAUCACGCAAGCGCAAAAAGAGCAAAUUCAAAACGAGAACCGAUCGCUCAAACGCAUGCUGCAGGCGCAUAACGCAGGCACGAACGACAUGCUCGAUUUGGACUCGCCCAUGGCCAAAGUCAUCACGGACCUGACCAAGAUCCAGCAAAACACGGCGCUCGACAAGAGUCUCCAGGCCAACUUGAGCGAAAUCGUGACGCUGUUGACGAAACAAGGCCACAACUUGUUCGCCCCCGACAUCCACGAACAGCUCAAGGGCAAAAGCGGCGACGUCGACAUUGAUGACGAUACCAAGGGGUGGGCGACCACAGUGCUCGCGAGCAAAUCGUACCAGCGCAACAACAACCGUCGGUCGUCGACUCAAGUCGAUGAAGAGACCGAGGGCGUGAUGGCAUCGAUCAACCUCCACUCGGACGUGCGGCCGCCGGACGAGGACGUCCUGUCCAAGAUUAACGCCAUGAUGAUCGCGUACGGGUGGAACGUCGACAUGCACGAAGUCGCCGAGAUGGCCCAAGGCAACCCGAUCUCGUACGUGACGUUUGUGAUCUUUGAGCGGCACAACUUGUUUACGUCGUGCUCGGUCGAGCGCAACGUGAUGCUCAAUUUCUUUUGGUUCAUCGACGCGGGGUACCUCCCCAACCCUUACCACAACAACUGCCAUGCUGCCGACGUCGUCAACUACGUCGAGUUUAUGCUGUCGGCGGUCGACGGCGGCUUCAUCAUGACGCUGCUCAACAUGCAGGAAGUGUUUGCGGCCAUCGUGGCCGCGGCAAUCCAUGAUUUUCGGCAUCCGGGCAAAUCCAACAACUUUCUCGUCAAGUCCGGGCAUAGCCUUGCCGUCAGGUACAGCGAUGCGUCCGUGUUGGAGCGCAUGCACUUGGCGGAAUCGUUUUUCCUCGCGUCCGAGCCGCAGUUCAACCUUUUCAGUGGGAUGAAGCCGAAACAGUACACGGAAGUGCGCAAGGCCAUCAUUGAGAUGGUAUUGACCACGGACCUGUCGGUGCACUUGCAACUCGUGGGCAGCUUGAAGACCGCGCUGCUGUCGCAAAACAAGAAUGACGUGAUGGAGUCGCCGAUGAUGCUGAUGAAGGUCAUCAUCAAGUGUGCCGACAUUGGCCACUCGUCAAAGUCGACGCUGCUGCAUGCAAGGUGGUCCGAGCUCAUCAUUGAAGAGUUCUUCCUGCAGGGCGACGAGGAGAAGGAACUCGGGAUGGAGAUCAGUCCGUUUAUGAACCGGGCGUCCGAAAACAGCGCCAAGAAUCAAGUCGGGUUCUUUGAGUUUAUCAUUUUGCCGUUCUUCGACGUUGUCGCGGAGAUCUUGUUCACGCCGGGGUUCAAGCCGAUCUUGGACCAAGUGCACAGCAACUACAACUUGUGGAAGAAGGCCGAGAUGCUCCAGCUCAAGAACAUCAAGGACAUUUUGGAUCAAGUGUUUUGCGUAGACGAACACCGCGUCGGAAGUGCCCAAGUCAACCGUAUCAGCUUUGUCCCACGGCCGUCGCAUAUCGCCUUGCACACAAACCCCAGCGGUACACCCGCAACUCCAGUUGCCCAUGCGACGCCACCAAGCUCCCCCACCACCGCUCCACACAGCCCCACCAACUAUACGAAUGCACUACCACCAAGCUUGGCGCCGACCGUGGAAGAGCCCUCAUCAACGCCUCCCCACUUGCCAACGUGAUGUUGUCUCAAUGGUAGACAAUUGAAAUCUGUUACAUUUUUGAGUUCGUG